AUGUCAACAAACAAUGAUCCAACCAUCUCCCUUGGAAGAGGAAAGGGAGGAAAAGGACUUGGCCUAGGAGAACCAAUUCCCAAUAGAGCAGUCAAGAGAUUAUACGAACCACCAGAAAAUCCGAUACAAAUCUAUCGAACUCUUGAUGAUGGUUAUUAUUUGGAGAGCGCCAAGAAGAAGAAGAAGGUAAAUGUUGGUAAUGAUGCUGCUGAUCAUCGGAAGAGAAAUGAUCAUGAGUGGUUGAAUACGAUCGUGUUGAGAAAUGUAUAUGAAUAUUUGGAGUUUGAGGAUCAGUUGAGAUUUAGAUUGGUAAAUUGUGGAAUGAAUGAAGAAUUGGCCUUGUGGAGUGAUGAUGAAUUGGGAGAAAGAGCAUGUCCUUGGUAUGCUUUUCAAGUAAUGUUGAAUUUUGAAAGAUUUUGUAGAGAAAUGAAGAAGGAGGAGGCCAGUUCAAUGAGAAGUAGGAAAAUACUUUACAAUUUGAGUGGAUGUUUGACAAGACUUCAAGGAGAGAUUAGAAAUGCUCAGGUGUGUUCAAAGCAUCUGUUGGAGGAUAGAGUAAAUCCUUUCAAGAACUAUUUCAUUGAUGGAGAAGAUUUGAAUUUUGAGGAACUUGUGAAGAAUGAUGAAUAUGUCAAUCUAUUCAAAAGUGGAGCUGUAAAAUACACAGAAUGGGUGGCUGGUACAUUGGAAUAUAGUGAAGGUUCUGCCUGUGAAAUCCGAAUCAAGAAGAAAUCUAACAGUUCAAAAUCUAAACCAUCCUAUGUGUACUUGUAUCAAGCUAACUGUGUUGGAAUGAACGGUAGAGAAGGGACUAUGGAUGAGAGUUACUACAUGCUCAUGAGAGAAGAAGGUUCAAACAAAACUAUACCUCUAAUGGAAUAUAUGUUUUACAGAGAUCCAAGUGGUGAAGGGUACACAAAGAAGAGUAAGAUUACAAAAUUGAUCAAGACUUGUGAACUUCCUAGUAACUGGAAUUAUGAACAAUUUAUUUCAUUCAUGAUGUUGUGUUCCAACUCGUUUUUAAAAAGAACUAAUUAUGAAAAUGCUUCUUUGUGGGAAAGAAUCAAGACCUGUGCUGUCUUUUCUGGUAAUUUAUUGGAAGAUGAUGAAAUUGAGGAUGAUGAAGAAGGUGAAAGAGAUGAGGAUGAUGAAGAAGAUGAAGAAGAUGAAGAGGACGAACCAAUGAGACUAUUUAAUUAUGAAGGAGACGAAAUUAAUUUAGAGCAGGAAAAAUCAGGGAAAAUCUUUAUGGAUGGUUUACUUUCCAAAUGUUGUCAUCAAAACAAGAGCAUUUCACAAAUCUAUAUGGACCUAGUUUCUUUGAGAAGGAUUGUUUUAGAUGUUUGCUCGAAAUCCAAUUUUGGUACUGACGUAUCUGAGGAUUUUUUAGGUUAUGUAGAAAUUAUCAAAUCCACUAUACUCAAAACUGAAAAUUCCACUGGAUUCUUUGUUACUAUUGGAGAGUAUGUUACUCAAUCGAGAAGUUUUACGGAGGCAACUCUACAAUGUGAAAAUUCCAAAUUAAUAGUGGAGGCAAAUCUGUCAGAUGUUCAAGGUUAUCAUUCCAGAUCAAUAACUUUCAAAUUAAUUAAUCAAAAGGACAAGUCAAUUCUGAUUGAUUUCUCGCAGAAUGAUUUCGAGAGGAUAGCUACUGUCGAUCCACAAUUCAAGAACCAAAUUUUGGGAAAGGAUGCUUCUUCGGCAAUAGAUGACUAUACUUUUGUUGGAUUGUUUGGCUUUUUAUGUAUGAGAGUUCAUACCUUUUUGUUAACUGACGAGAGACUUGUUAGAUGUAUUGAUAAUGAUAUGUGUUUUACCAAUCCACUUUUGGAACUCUUGAAUGAGAAUUUGUAA